UUUAAUUCUUCCUUUUCUUUCUUCUCUUCCAAAACAAAACUAAACAACAAAAAUGCCUGCAACAACAGAGAACAACCAAGGCUCAUUCCUCGGCCGAAUAAGCAUCCGCAGAAAUCAAGUAAUGUCCAUGGACGGAAGCCACGACCAAGAGGUGGAAGACCUGGAGCUUUUUCAGAAGCACGUGGGAGACCGCUUCUCGGAGCUCUUAUCCUCGACCAACACCUCCUCCGGCGACGCGCUUCUCUCCAUCGCGUGGCUCCGCAGGAUCCUCGACGAGUUCCUCUGCUGCGAGGCCGAAUUCAAAGCCGUUGUCCUAAUGGGCCGCGACCCUUCCCAGAUCGCGAAGCCACCGCUGGACAAGGUCCUCCCGGAGCUCCUCGACCGCGUCGUGAAGUCCCUCGACGUCUGCAAUGCCGUCACCCUCGGACUCGACGCCGUCAAGAACCUCCAGCGCCUCGCCGAGAUCGCCGUCGCCGCCCUCGACCAGACACCCCUGGGCGACGGCCAGGUCCGCCGCGCCAAGAAGGCGCUCUCCGCCCUCGUCGCCGCCAUGCUGCACGACGACAGCAAUGCCGCCGCCAAGGGAACCGAACGCACCCGGUCCUUCGGGCGGCGCGCCGGAAACAACACCAACAGCGGCAAGUACAAGUCGCUGUCGUGGAGCAUGGCGAAGAACUGGUCCGCGGCGAAGCAAAUCCACGCGAUGAUAUCGAAUCUGGCGGCGCCACGUGGCGCGGAGUCCUCGGGAUUGGCGCAACCGAUCUACAUGAUGAGCAGCGUGUUGGUGUUGGUGAUGUGGACUCUGGUUGCGGCGGUACCAUGCCAGGAGAGGAAUGGGCUGGGGACUCAUUUUCCUCUGCCGAGGCAAUUGGGCUGGGCCCAGCCCAUGAUAGGCCUGCAGGAGAAGAUCGCGGAGGAGUGGAAGAAGAAGGAGAAGAAGGGGAACGUGGGGUUGUUGGAGGAGAUGCAGAGGAUGGACAAGCUGGGACAGUCCCUGGUGGAGUUCGCAGACUCCUUUCAGUUCCCAGCCGAAGCGGAGCGUUUGGAUGAGGUCAAGAAGCACGUCGAGGAAUUGGGGGACAUUUGUAAAAAAAUGGAUGAAGGCUUGGAACCUUUGCAGCAGCAGAUUAGAGAAGUCUUUCACAGGCUCGUAAGGAGCAGGACUGAGUUUCUCCUCGUCUUGGACCAAGCUGGCAUGUUGUCUACACCCGCUCUUUAACUGCUACACAAUCGUGCAGAGGAAACAAUUUUUCUGUUUAUUUAAAUUAAUAGAAAUCGUGCUUGGAUUAGCGAUUUCAUUGAAAUUUUAUAAUGUUAAACUAAAAUCAUCUUUGGACUGA